CCGUCCGUUCCAAUCCAUUCCCCAAUUCCGCAGCAGCCGCAGCACGAGCGCCUUUGCGAAUUCCGACAGCGAGAGCGGGAAGAGGAAACUCGAAACCCGGCGAGCGGCAUGGCCACCGGCGAGGAGCACGUGGCGGCGGCGGUCGAGGAGACGCCGGAGAAGAAGGAGGCCGGCGUAACCGAGCUCCCCGCGCCCUCUGGCUGGACGAAGAAGCUUGCCCCAAUUAGGGGUGGAAAGUUUGAGGUUAUUUUUGUUUCCCCAACUGGCGAGGAGAUCAAGAGCAAGAGACAACUGACCCAGUACCUGAAAGCUCAUCCUGGAGGCCCUGCAUCUUCAGAGUUCGAUUGGGGAACCAGUGAUACUCCCAGACGGUCAGCACGCUUAAGCGAGAAGGUCAAGGCAACUGAGAGCCCAGAAGGUGAGAAGACCCCUAAACGUGGUAGAUCAAGCUCUAAGAGGGGCAAAAAGGAGAAAAAAGAAGAUGCAGAUGCAGAUGCUGUGGAUGCCAAUGAAACUGUAGACCGUGGCACUUUGGAAGGCACUGAUGUGGAGAUGAAGGAUGCUGAAAACGCCAUAGAAGAGAAGAAAGAGGAGGUCCCCAGUGCAGAUGUUGCAGAAAAGACUGGAGGCGAAGAGAAGAAAGAGGAGGCCCCUGGUGCUGAUGCCCCAGAGAAGACUGAACAAGGCGCCGAAGACCAAGAGAAGACUAAUAAUGUCGCUGCCCCAGAAUCAGAGAAUAAAUCAGAUGCGAAACCAACUGAAUCUGAAGUAACUCCACCGGCACCUGAAGUAGAGGAAGAGAAGAUAGAGGAGAAAACUGAGAACAGUCUGGCAGCUGAACCCACAGUGCCUCCGGCGGCUGAAUCUGUGUUGCCUCCGGCAGCAUCUUCAGAGGGAGAGAAGAAAGAGGAUGGUGGCGUGACCGAACCUGUUGCACCCCCUGUUGCUGAAACGAAGACAGAUGCUCCUCCAGCAGAGGCAGCAAAGGAGGCUGAGAAUUCGGGCCAGGCGAGUGUCGCCCCUCAAGAACCUUCAGCAGUGAACUGCGACAGCAAGGGGCAGAUCCAACCAGGCGCCUCCGCUGUAAGGUGCACGUAAAGGUUGCUCGGUUUCAGAUGGGAUGCGUCACCGUGUGCUUAGGACAUUAUCUCGCAUUUGCUUUGAGAUGUACUUUACCUGACACCGCUGCUCAGCACUAGGCUGGCCAGUAUGUAGUGUUCCUUCCCUUCUGAUGGCGGCGGUGCCGCUGCUGGGGCCAGUAUGUAGUGUUCCUUCCCUUCUGAUGCCGCCGUGCUCACCUGCAGCCGCUGUAAGCUCUGUACUACCGCGUGCUCGAACAUUGAUCCCUGGAGAGGGUCGGGGGACGUAGAGGCCUCCGCGCCGUGUUGUAACGUGCCGUUAUGUGUGCUGUUAUGCCUUGUGUUUAUGAACUUAUUAUGAUCCAUAAAUAAAGCCGUAGGCGUGGCAGGUCAUUGCCUGACCACCUUCGGGCACCGAA